CAUGCUGCAUCAGGCAGGACGCUGCUGAGACUGGUUGGCGGUGCCAGUUUAUCCCCUUAUUUAGCAUUUUUUAAAGGGGGGGGAGGUGUUCGUUUGUUUUUUAAAUAUUGCAACAAGAGCUUUCCACUUCCAGAAUCAGGCAGUUGUGAAAUUUUCCAGCAGUUAUUAAUAAUGGCAAUGUUAAUUGUUCAGAGCGUCAUAUUAAUGAUUCACAGCUGAAAUUUCACGGCGGCUUUCGAAAAACCAACAUGGUUUCUCCAAAAACUCGGUAUCUGCUGUUCUUUCAAUACUUUGGGACCAAGUAUUGGUGAGUAAGUGGCGUGAAGGAAGUUCCUCCUGACCAAGCGGUGCUUGGAGUGCAGAAUCACUUGGAGAUGGCAGCAGAGAAGCUCCGGCAUUCCACGCCGAGCAAGUUCACCAUCUCGAGCCGCACAGACUCCGGGGUGCAUGCCCUCUGCAACGCCGCCCACCUCGACAUUGAGAGGUCAGGCGGGAAGCCGCCUUUUGCGGGAAACAUCCUCACCGACACUCUCAACCACCACCUAAAGCCUGAGCCCAUCCGCAUCCUGGGUGCUCGUUGUGUCCCCAGCACCUUCCACGCCCGCUUCUCAGCCCGGUCGAGGACGUACGUCUACCGGGUGGUGACCGGGUGCUCUCACCGUUUGGAGCUGCCGGUCUUUGAGCGGAACCGCUGCUGGGCGACAUAUCGAGGCCAUCUGAACCCGCUGGCCAUGCAGGAGGCAGCGGCCUUCCUGCUGGGCACCCACGACUUCAGCACCUUCCGCUCAGCCUCUACGGAACUCCCCAAGCGAGACCCGGUUAGGACCCUUUCGCGGGUGGAGGUCAGGCCUGUUCCUGGCUUUCUCUCGGAGCACAGCAAAGACAGCCAUCUGAGGUUUUGGGAGAUGGAGUUUACGGGCCCCUCUUUUCUCUACAAACAGGUGCGGAGAAUGGUUGGCGUCUUGGUGGCCGUCGGCCAGGGGCGCCUCGAACCCCGUCACGUGCAAAGGCUUUUGGAGAUCAGGGACCUGAUGGCUUACCCCAAUAACACCAUUGCGCCGCCCGAUGGACUCUUCCUCAAAGAUGUGGAGUACUGUGAAGCUGACUUGGAGAUCAGCGAAACGGAAGCAGAAUGGCAGCCUAACUGAACUCCCCAUGACUGGAACAGAGAGAGGUCAGGGGAGGAGAGCACCCUCUUUCCUGUUAUAUGGCCACAUGUCUUUAAACCUAUUCACAUACAUACUUGGAACAUUCUUCAAUAUCCCAUCCCUACAAAACAAACUAUAUCCAGACAUUUGGGGUGGGGUGUGUGCUUAGGGUGCAAUUACAUUUGAACCAGGAUUUGAACCCAAAGCUCUUGAACUGCAACCUCAGGCUGUUUUAUGCUGUGUAAGACAGAACAUGGCAUCCUGAGAAUCUCUGCUUAAUUCUUUUAGAACAACACACUAGUCCCUAGUGAUAAGCUUGCAAACACAGGACAGGGCUGUCUUGGUAACAGGAGGCAGACUGGGCCUUGCCUGGCCAGUGAGGUCUUGAUGCAGCAGAGUGGCUUCAGUUUCGGGGUUAAGCUCUGCCUCUGCCAGGAACUCACUAGGGGGUCCUUUUCGGCAGUCAUUCACUUCAAAGCCUUUUGUGCCUCAUCUGCAGAACUGAUGUGAUCCUUACUGGCCUACCUUAGAGCGCCAUUAUGAGGAUUACAGCAAGAUAGCAUGCGUGAAGCCAUGUGGGUGCCACAUAAAAGGGCUAUACAGUAUGUUGAUUUUGAUUGUGCAAAAUAAGCAGCUACUGUUAGCAGCUUGCAGAAAUUGUUUUUUGUACCCUGUUUUGUGGACUACAUUUCCUGAUCAUCCUUUGCGUAGAAGAUUGGGGGAGAAGAGAUUGCCAAAUUAGUUCAGCUAUGUUAGAUAUUCUUAGUAAUAGUUUAAGUUAGAUAAACUAGAUUAGAUAAGGUGAAGCUUCCAGUUAGAAACUCAGCACUAGCGGUUUGUGUUAUCUGCAGUCCCAAUUCCUGGUUUGCACAAUGGGUGGCCUGUUGACCCAAAUGCAACCUGCUUGUAGCCUACUAAUAGCCCACCAUGGGCUUAGUCAAUCUCAGCUUUUGGGUUUCUGAGAACUGCAAAACUGAUUGGAAAGAGUGUGUGUGCUUGUUUUUAAACGCCUGGCAGGCCCCAGCCAAGAUCUAAGGGAGCUGCAUUCAGCCCAGCAGCUUUGACCGAGGUGCCCUAAUCUGAAGAGGCACCACUGCGCCUUUGGGGGGGGGCAGCUGCCCACACUGCAGGCUGCUUUUGACUCCGCUCUCCACUUCCUGUGACUUUUCAAGAUGAAACAGAGAGUAGGUGGAACUUUCUUUUUAUCUUCCCCUUUGCAAAAAUGCGGAGGUGCCGACUGCUCCUCUCCAUCUGAGGUUCAAGAGGAGGUGUGGAGUUAGAAGAAGCCUUCAGAGAGGAAACAGUCCUUGGUGGUACAACAGCUGAAGACUGGCAGCCCAGGAUAAAACGGACUGUUUUGUUCUUCGCUGGGUCAGCUCUGCUCACAGACAAAAAGCUUGCACCUCUUUAGCCCACCGCGAAGAGUGAGACCUCCUUAACUCCAGCUACCCACUAAAGACCCAAGGCUCUGACUUUGAACAGCGUGCC